CGUAUGUACUAUCCAUCGACUCUUGGGCUGACUCUGAGAGGCGGUCAAGAGUGAGGGAAGGAACUGUUAGCUGAAUAUUCUGUGUAAGAUUUUUAACUACUUCAAGGAUAAUGGCUUCAGUUAUGUUGAUAUUCCUAAUUCUAGGAGUUUGCUUACCAGUUCUGAACGCCCAGGUCAGCCAAUCAACACUCGACUACAUCGCAGGGAAUCUCGGGUUACGCUAUGACAUACUAGACAACAUGCAAGACACCUGGAAAACCUACUUGAUAGAGCUGACCUUGACCAACGAAGGUUCACAAGCCAUUAGCUUGGGAAACUGGGCGAUAUAUUUCUGUCAUAUUCGCGUGAUUGAACCUGAACACACGAAACAUAACCCUAAUGGUUAUGUACUACCAGGCUACGCGCUAAAGAUCACCCACAUCAACGGCUGUCAACAUAAGCUCGAGCCGACGCCCGAGUUUAGAGCCUUGGUAGCAGGUGAAGUCAGAAAGAUUCGUUUCAAGUCGGAGUUCUGGGCGGUCGCUAAGACUGACGUCAUGCCGAACUUCUAUGUAGCCGCUGACGGACUGCAGGCUCGUACGAUUACAAGCACUUCCGGUGAAAGCCUAGAUUUUGUUGGGGACUUCACUACCCCUAAACAGUGGAAGCGCUACGAUGCUGAUAAGUAUAAUCCCUAUUCUCCUCAAGUGAGAUUUACGAUUAAUGACAUCAAGGACAUGAAGCGACCUGGCCUGCCAGUUAUACCGAGUCCAUCCGAGGUGACUGGGUUCGAGGAUAGUCAAAGACUGAACUUAAUGACAGGGGACUGGAGUUUGGUUGCUGAAAGUGGCCUCAGUCGAGAGAAGAAAUUCUUGGCUACGGCGCUGGGCCUAAACAUCAAUUACAACAUCAACACAUUCCGUCAGAUCCACCUCAAGCUUGGUGACGUCCAGAUCGCAGGAAAACCAUCGUCCAGUAACGAGGCGUACAGCCUAAACGUAGAAGUCUUGCUGGAGAGGAUCACAAUCACCGGCAAAACACCAGUUGCUGUAUUCUGGGGGAUACAAUCACUGCUGAGUUUGGGCCACUCUGGAUAUGUACCACAGAUCUCAAUCCGUGACGCCCCAAGAUACGAAUACAGAGGAAUGGAGAUCGAUCUUGGGAGAAACUUCAUGCCGAAGUCUGAGAUACUGAAGACGAUAGACGCCAUGGCGAUGUACAAACUGAACAAACUACAUCUACACUUGACGGAUGAUGAAGGAUGGAGACUGGAAAUACCUGGACUCCCAGAAUUAACUACGAUCGGAUCCAGGAGAUGCCACGAUCCACAGGAAACCCAGUGCGUGGAUUCCCAGCUCGGCUCAGGGCCUGGAACGGGUAACGCAGGGACUGGUUUCUACACGGUCGACGCAUACAAAGAAAUCCUUCGAUAUGCUAAUGAUAGACACGUGGAGAUCAUUCCAGAGUUCGACAUGCCUGGACAUGGUCACGCUGCUAUCAAAGCUAUGCAGGCCCGUUACCAGAAGUACCUAGCAAUGGGAGAUUCGUACAAAGCCAACCAAUAUCUUCUAUCCGACGCACAAGACACUUCCAAAUACCUGUCAGUCCAGUUUUUCACAGACAACGCCAUCAACCCGUGCUUAGAAUCGACUUACGAGUUCUUUGAACACAUUGUCUUCCAAGUACGAAACAUGCAUUUAGGAAUUCAACCCCUCAAGAUCUUUCACUUCGGGGGUGAUGAGGUCGCUAAGGGCGCGUGGACAAAAUCCCCGGCUUGCGCUAAGAUGUCUGCUCAACUUGGUCUCAACUUCACAAGCCCAAAUAUUGUAAAGGAUCUGAAGGAAAUCUUCGUUCGACGCGUGGCCAAUAUUGCGCACAAAUACUGCUUGGAUCUUGGAGCCUGGGAAGAUGGUGUUUUAGGUGUUAAAGACACGCCGUAUGAUCGAUCCUACCUCAAGAAUCGUCACGUCUAUGCCUAUGCUUGGGAUAAUGUAUGGGAAUGGUUUCAAGGAGACAGGGCCUACAAACUGGCUAACGCUGGAUACAAGGUCGUUAUGACCCAGGCCACCCAUCUCUACUUCGACCACCCGUACGAGCCUGACCCAGAAGAGCGUGGGUACUACUGGGCACCACGUUUCAUCGACACUCGCAAGACCUUUGGCUUUAUGCCCGAUGAUUUGUACGCUAACGCUGACUUCACGAGAAUGGGAGACCCGAUAAUUGACCUGUGUAAUAACAUGUACAAGGGAAAAUGCAUUCCUCUCAGCAAACCAGAGAACGUAGCGGGAAUGGCGGGUGCCCUGUGGAGCGAGACAGUACGAACUCCUUCCCAACUCCAAUCCAUGAUCUACCCACGACUGUUAGCUCUGGCCGAGAGGGCCUGGCACGUAGGCUGUUGGGAGAGCGAGAAAGACGUAGCCAUGAGAAAACAACACCAGAAGUUGGACUGGGAGUUGUUUGCUAAUAGUCUGGGGCAUAAAGAACUGAUGAGGCUGGAUAAGUUGAAUAUUGACUACCAUAUUCCCGUGCCUGGGGCAAGAGUUGUUAAUGGAGUCCUGGAGACAAACGUCGCCUUACCAGGCCUGGUGGUACAGUACAGUACUGAUAACGGCAGCACUUGGAGUGACGUCACGUCCGGUCUAAGACUUACGGGCAAAGUAGUGCUCGCUACCAGGUCAGCAGACAGACGCCGACAGAGCAGGCGCAUCGAGCUUCAAAUCUUUAUACGAGCUUUAUCCGGUUGUUACGUUGAUUUGGACCAUUUAUCUAUGAGACUGAACACACUGACUUUUGAAUGCUUGUUAAUAUAUAUUGUUGGCCCAGCUAAAUACUCAAGCCUCGUAAGACUGGAUCAGUACUUAUUGAAUAGAGUUGUAUCUAGCCUGGCUGUGAGGUACGAUGUUCUAGACAACCUUCAGACAACCUUGAACGAUAACCCCAAAACAUACCGAGCUCAAAUAACCUUGACAAACAAAGGACGAGACGUCAUACCGAAGGGAGACUGGGGACUAUACUUCUGCCAUAUAAGGAUGAUCGAGGAGGAACAUACUGCGCAUGCUCCGAGUGGAUACCGCAUACCAGGAGAUCAUGGUUUCAAAGUUACGCAUAUCAAUGGGUGCCUUUUCAAAUUCAGCCCAACUGAAGACUUUAAAGACCUUGAUGUAAAAAACUCGAUUCGAAUUCAGUUCAACGCUUCGUUUUGGUGCGUUUCUAGGACUGACGUCAUGCCGAACUGGUACAUCGCGGCGGAGGGACUGGAAGCUCGUACCAUUACCAGCACAGCAGGGGAGGGGUUAGGCUUUGUUGGUCUAUUUGAUACACCAAGGAAAUGGAAACGAUAUCCCAGUGAUAAGUAUAACCCCUAUACCUCUGAACAAAGGUACGAGAUGUCCGGGGUAUCGGAUAUGGGGCGACCGGGGAAUGUUGUACUGCCGACACCGUUAAAUAUAUCGAGAUACAACGUAUCUCGUACCGCAGAUGUGAGGACAGGAGACUGGAUUAUUGUGGCGCCAAUCGAGCUUGAAAAAGAAGCAAGAUUCUUGGCAGGUAAACUCGGCAUCAAUGAAGUAACGACUCAAGGCAGUCACCGAGUGUUCCGUCUUAUCCAGCUCAAACUUGAUGACGUCAAACUUGGCGGGAACUUUUCGUCCAAUCAGGAAGCUUAUGAACUGAACGUCGACGCUGGAAAGUCGAUCAUUACAAUAUUAGGGGUGACGGCCUCAGGUGUUUUCUGGGGGGUGCAGUCACUACUGAGUAUAACUAGGGAGGGGAGGGUGCCGCAUAUUCAUAUCGUUGAUGCCCCAAGAUAUGAGUUCAGAGGAAUGCAUAUUGAUGUGGCAAGGAAUUUCUUUGAUAAAGAAAAUAUUUUUAAGCUAAUCAAUGUGAUGGCAAUGUAUAAGAUGAAUAAACUACAUCUACACUUGACAGAUGACGAAGGAUGGAGGCUGGAAAUACCUGGAUUACCGGAACUUACUAAGGUUGGAGGAAGACGCUGUCACGAUCCAACAGAAAAAACGUGUAUUGCAUCUCAGCUCGGAUCAGGCGCCUUCACUGGCAACACAGGAUCUGGAUUCUUCACCACAAAUGAUUAUCGAGAUAUUCUACAGUACGCUGAAGACAGACACGUGCAAAUUAUUCCCGAGUUUGACAUGCCUGGACAUGCACACGCGGCUAUCAAAUCCAUGAAUGCCCGUAUGGAGAACUUGACGAAGCUUGGCCAAUACGAUGAAGCCAAGAAGUACCUCCUAUCAGAUCCAAACGAUCAAUCAAAAUACCUGUCAGCGCAGCUCUUUAAAGACAAUGCCAUCAGCCCGUGCGUCAACUCUACGUAUGAGUUCAUCGAGACUCUUGUUAAAGCGAUAAAAGCAUUGCAUUCUGGGAUACAACCACUUCAGAUAUUCCAUUUCGGAGGAGAUGAAGUUCCCAAAGGCGCUUGGACGGGGUCGCCAUCAUGUAAGGACUUGGCUAAAGAGCUUGGAAUCAGUUUGACAGAUCCAUCAGCAGUAAAACACCUCAUGGGAUACUUUGUACAACGCGUUUCUAAUAUCACUAAGACGCACGGGCUAGACUUGGCUGCUUGGGAAGAUGGUCUUCUUGGAGCCGACGAACAACCCUACAAGAGGUCAUUGGUGAUGAAUAGGAAUGUGUUUGCUAAUACAUGGGAUAAUGUAUGGGAAUGGAACAAAGCCACACGACCCUAUAAACUAGCUAACGCUGGAUACAAGGUAGUUAUGACCCAGGCCACACAUCUCUUCUUUGACCACCCGUACGAACCUGACCCAGAGGAGCGUGGGUACUACUGGGCACCUCGCUUUACUGAUACAAGAAAGACGUUUGGCUUCAUGCCUGAUAACUUGUACGCUAACGCUGACUUUAAGCAAAACGGGGAGAAAAUAACAAACGUGUGUGAAACUAUCUAUGAAGGGAAAUGUGAGCAACUAUAUAAACCAGAAAAUAUCGUAGGUAUGUCGGGUGCCCUGUGGACAGAGACAAUACGAACGUCUGAAGAACUAGACUCUAUGCUUUUUCCUCGAUCACUUGCCUUGGCUGAGAGGGCCUGGCAUAAAGCAGACUGGGAAAAUAUUCAGGAUGACGUCAGACGCGAGAGAAUGAAGACAAGAGACUGGGAAUUUUUUGUUAAUACUCUGGGUUACAAGGAACUCGGACGGUUGGAUAAAUUGAACGUGGCAUAUCGUAUUCCACCACCUGGUGCAAGACUGGUGUCUGACCAGCUACAUACGAAUGUUCUAGUGCCAGGUCUCACCAUUCAGUAUACUAGGGACGAGGGAAAGACUUGGAGUGAUGUGCAAGAGGGAAUUAGAGUUACGGAUGGAAUUAAAAUUGCAACAAGGUCAGCGGACAGACGUCGUACGAGCAGGCUCAUAGACGUAUCAGGAAGAAAGGUCACAACAACAAACUCAUCACCAAGAUUAGAUAAGAUGRCAUCUACUACCAUAAUCUUGUGGUUAUUGGCUAACCUAUUAGUGUUACGUAUACACGUACAAUAACUGCUGUGUGCAUUUAUAAAGCACGCUGUUAUAGAUGAUUUUCGAGAUCUGCGAGCGCUUUCAUAAAUAUCGCAGGCGCAGAYAUGAAAACGAUUCAUUUUCAGGCAAAAASCAUCAACUAUAUACAAUGGUUUUGACCAAUUUUGCACCUUUUUCACGCCUUUUCCUAAUGCAAAUAGCUCAUUUUUGGCCAUUUUCAGGAAAAAAACAUAAGCCGUACCCCAAGGUUUUCACCCAUUUUAGACCAUUUCCAAAUAUUUUUCCAGAUAUGUUUUCUUAAUGUCGUAUGGACAAUUGGUGAUUUUUGGGCUUUUUUAGGUAAACAGCAUAGGCUAUAGCUCUUGGUUUUGACCGAUUCCGAAUAUAUCAYUUUUCAUGUAAGGUUAGCACGUGCCACCUACAUCUGCCGGCCGGCAUCUCCUGGCCCCACACGCGUCUGGUGGCCCCUUGACCAUAACUCGGGAACAAAGCAUGCUAUGGUAACGAAACUUGGUAGCAUUGGUUAGACUGCUGUUUUCAAUCAUCUGACCACGUGACAUGACGUGCCGUCACAUAUCAAGUGACAUGUCAUUCCCUUUAGUUUCAUUUCUUUGUUUUUGUGCAAAUGAAACAAAGAAUCCUAUUCUCAAACUAAUAACACGUGGUCUGAAAUUUCAAAACAAAUGACACAGUCCCUGACAUGGGACGAUAAAAUAGAUAAAUGAAUAGUCUUGAAGCGUUUUAUGAAUUCCAAGAUAUAACUAGCUAAAAACUAGUGUGAGCUGCGUCGGUGUUUCUAAUGAAACAGUAAUGAUGAAAAGGUAAAUUAUACACCGUGAAAAGAUGAAAAUUACUCUUAACGUAAUUGAAGCUUAUUUCUUGGCAUUAAUUUACAUUUACGCGGAAACGUAAACCUUGAUUAUGUGAGAACUGUAAGAGCCAUUUACACCAGCUUUACGCAAUGUUAGUAAAGUAGGCAUUUAUCACCAGCGUAAAGCUGCUUAAACUAAUUAAAUGAAUUCCAAAUGUGAAUGUACUAUCAACAUCACUAAAAUAGGUGCUCAGUAAACAUUAGGGUGUGGCACAUUUUAAAGCUAAGAUUUAGACUUGUAGCYUGUUACUUCUCUCACUCGCUCUGUUGUUGAGCUCGCAGUGAAUCAACUGCAUCCCAAAAGCCUUUGCAUGCAUUCAUCCCCUUCCCAUAUUCCAUUGUGAAUAGAAGGAAUAAAUUCAAGUGAAUAGAAGGAA